CCUCGGAGUUUUACUCUAACCCUGGGAUACCAAUCAAUAAACAGCGAAGUCUAAGAAGGGUUAUAGUUAGGACUUGCGUCUGGCCGCGUAGAACCAAAAUGCCUAGUCCAGCAAUAGCACCGUUUCUUGGUGCCACUGGAAGAAUGAUGCAGUACAGAAAAUACAGUGAAGCAUCGGCAGUUGGUUUUUUAUCCGCAAUAUUAUUUACAGUUUUCUCUGAUCCAGUCCGAAGUUACGUCGAUUUUGGCGAAAAAUGGCUAGAACUGUCUGGGUUGCCUUAUCAGAUGAAUACCGCACUGCUAGGUUUUAUUGUUGGUUUUGGCACUGUGAGGAUACUUCUUUUGAUGCGGCUACAACUUUUCAAAAUGUUGUUGAACUAUCGUGGCUGGAUGCAUAACCCUAAGUCAACCACAACAAAAAUGUGGGGUCUUAUGUUAAAUGCUAUGAGAGGCAAAGGAAACUUCCCAACAUACUACUUCCAGGAGGUAUUACCAAAAUUACCAGUACCAGACCUGAAUACGUCAUGUGACAGAUUCCUUGCAUCCAUGAGACCCAUACUGUCUGACGACGACUACAGGAAUUUAUUAACAGAAGUUAUUGAUUUUAAAGAAAAAGAUGGACCAAUUUUACAGAGUUAUCUUUUACAAAGGGCAACAAGAACAAAUAAUUGGUUAAAAGAUAUAUGGAUGAAUCUAGCAUAUUUAUCUAAUCGCAAGCCUAUCGCAGUUAAUGUGAACUGUUAUGCCACAGACAGACUUAACAUACCAAGUACAAAACAGAAGGCAAGAGGGGCUACUCUUAUACACUGGAUUCUCAGGUUCCAUGAACAUUUACAAGAUGAAACACUGAAACCACAAUACAUGCAGGACAUGAUUCCAAUGUGUAUGGAAAGUUAUAAAACACAAUUCAGCACAGUGAGAGUUCCAUGUCCAGGGAUAGACAGAUUGGAUACAUACAAAGAUUCAAAUUACAUAAUAAUUACAAGGAGAGGAAUAUAUUACAAGUUAGAAGUAAAGGCACCUGACAAUGAUGGAAAAGACAGAUUAUUGACAGUUACAGAAAUAUAUUCAAUAUUAGAGAAAAUAUUUGCAGAAACAGAAGCCACAGAAGAAUGCCACCAGGUGUCAGUAUUUACCACUCAAGAUAGAGAAACAUGGGCACAGAAUCGUAUAAAAUUAAUGGAGAAUCCUACAAAUAAAGAAAGUUUACAUGCUAUAGAAGCUGCAAUAACUGUGUUCUCUUUUGAUGACGAGAAACCAUCAUCCAUUGAUGAAAAUGGGUUAUUUACUCUAUGUGGAAAUGGAACAAACAGAUGGAACGAUAAAUCAUUGACAUUUGCUAUAUUUUCUAAUGGAAUUGUUGGUGUAAAUGCUGAACAUACAGCUGGAGAUGCAACUCUACCAGGAAGAAUGUGGGAAUAUUUUCUACAAAGUGAGACAUAUACAGCUGAAGGAAACAUAAUCAGUGAACAAACCAGAAAGAAGAAACUACCUGUCCCUCAAAAAAUAAACUGGGAUUUGAAAUAUAUGGACUCAGAGAUAGAUACUGCAAAAGAACAUUUCAGAAAAUUGAGUCACAGUUUUGAACUUGUUGUAUCAUCACCGGAAUAUGGGAAAGGAUUUAUUAAGAAGAAAAGAAUGAGCCCCGAUGGAUAUAUACAGAUGGUACUGCAGCUGGCUUAUUACAAGUUAUAUCAGAAAGUACCAAAAACAUAUGAAUCUGCAUCAACAAGAAUAUUUUCUGAAGGAAGAACCGAGACAAUCCGUCCAGUUUCAGAAUACUCAGCACAGUUUGUGAAAAGUAUGUUGAGCGAGUCAGCAACACGAGAACAAAAACUUAUGCUUCUGAGAAAAGCUGUUCAAUAUCAAACGCAGAUUAAAAUGGAUGCCUGCUGUGGAUUAGGAUGGGAUCGCCAUCUACUGGGAUUAUUUGCCUGCUGUCAGGAAUUGAAGCGUACACCUCCUGCACUCUUCAUGGAUAAGAAUUUCUUUGCCCCUGAUAUCUUGAGUACAUCUCAGACCCCAACCAAUUACACAAAUAAAUGGACAAUGGAAACAUCAUGCAUGGGAGGUGGAUUCUUUGCGACAUCUUUUGAAGGCUAUGGCGUAUCCUAUAUGAUAUAUGGAGAAGAUCUCAUUAAAUUCCAUGUAUCAUGUAACGUAAACUGUCCAACCACAUCAGCAGCCAAGAUGUCUGAUGCAAUAAAUGAAGCCAUGAACGAGAUGAGAGAGAUUUGUUCGUAGAAGUUGACAGAGACUAGUUCAUACUGAUAUUAACAGAGACUAAUCUGCAUAAUACAGACUUCCUAUUUUGUUGUUCAUAUGUAAUGUUCAUAUGUCUAAUGUAAUGAUGGAUUUUGCUACAUUUUUUGGCUGAGAUGAUCUGUGGACUUUUGUACUAAUUCAAACUUCCUCUUGUUGUGGGAGGAACUUUUCACAGUAAAAAAAUGUUUCGUGAAACAGUUAAUAAUGAUUCAUUUCACUGUGGAUUAAGGUUUCAUGUCAUAGUGGAAAAUGGUUUCAUGUCACAGUUGAAAAUGUUGCAUGUCACACUCACAGUUGAAAAUUCAUUCUUCACUGUUAGGAUUGCAUCAGUCAGAGUGAAAUCUUGCUGUCCAUUGGAGAAAAAUCCUUUAUGCCAUCUGUUUAUUCAUAGGGAUGAGAAUUAAUUUAUAGAGGGACAGAAGAAAGAUGAAAUGAUGGAUGUUAAUUGACUUCAGUUUGAAGGAAUGAAUUGUUUUUACUAGUUUUAAUAUCUUUUACUAGAUACAAUAUUCGGGUCCUGUAAAUUUUUCAUUUUUUUUAUAAAAAUGUCUCUAGAAGCCAAAAAUGUCUAAUGAGCUAUUCAACAUUCUAACCUAAAAAAUGAAGCUAGAAAUCAAGUGGGCACAAAAAAUUCAAGUGUGAAUGUUGAAAUAAAGGGUGGUACUGGAAACGUUAAUAGUCUGGGCUGUUCCCUUUUUGUGAUAUGUAAUUUAUACAAUGUGACCAGAACUUUUUGUUAUGUAUGAUAUAUACAAUGUGACCAGAAAAUGUGUAAUGCUGAAAGAAAAUGGCUUGUAAUUUUAAUGCAUCAAAAUUUAGAAGAAUUGAGAGUUCAUUAAGAAUUGCUUGAACUUGAAAAGUAUAAUUACAAUGAGAAAAUUAGUAAAAAGUACUUAUCGAAUAACUUAUUCAUUUUGUAGAAUUUUAUGAAAUGGUGUUUUUAUGUUUUUAUUCAAUAUUUGUGGAAAGUUCAAAACUAUAGUUGAUAAUUUUAAAAACAGUUAUAUAGAUGUUGUUUCAAUCAAGUGUUUAGAAAAUAUUUAUUUUUGCUAUCUUGGCUUUUUUACAAAAUCUAUAGAGCAUAUAUUCAUAGUUCUAGAAGUAUUUUAUGCCAUUUUAUUAUAUAUAUUUUAAGCCAUAUAAACAAGCAUUUGAAACCUUUGUUUUUCUUUUUGUUCAACCUUUCCAACAGGAAAUCAAAAUGUGUUGUAGAUUGUGUCAAUAUAUUUUUCUAACUUAAAAGAAUAUUUAUUUUUGUUUAACUUUGAUUGAAUGAUAAAUGAUGUACAAAAAUAAUUAUGGAUGUGAAAGUAAGGGAAAUGAAAGUGAAAGUAGGAAAAGUAGUUCUUGCAAAUAUUAUCAAAGUUGGUUAGCAUGGAUUUUAAGUACAUUUUCUUAUAUUUCUUAAUUUGUUUUUAUUAAAUAUAUGAGUUAUGUUUAUAUCAAGUUACCAAUGGCAAUGAUAUUAUAUUUAUUGUAAUUUUAUAAUUACUACAUUAUUCUCAUGGUCUUGGGUUAUUAGAAUAUUGUUUAUAGAGUAUGAUUUCCUCUUUAUGUAAAUAUCAUGUUGUUUUUCAUUUUUAAACUCAUUUUUUAAAGAAUUAUUAGGCAUACAAAUUUAGACUUAUUUCAUGUAUCAUUUUUCAAUUCCAAAAAAUAUUAUUUGAACAAAAUGAUCUCGAUUCUUGGAUGUUGCACAACAAUAACAGUUAGCAUUGGAUAAAAAAGAUAAACAAAUUUUAGAUACAAAUGUUUCUUACUGAUAAAUGAGUGUGAGAACUAAUAUAUUUGAAGCAAAAUAAUUUAAAUUUAUAUAUUCUUGAGAAAAUAUUAAGUUCACAGGAGAAGGAAUGAAAAGACUUUAGAAUCUCUGAGGGAUAGCAGCAGGUGAUUUUUCUUACUUGGAUAUUAUUGGGCAUUUGUUGAUGAUACCUAUAGGAACAAUGUUAUCAGGAGAACUUCUGUUAUUUUUUUAUGGCUUUUGAUUGAAAAAAAAGGUUCCAAUGUUAAAUGUAUGAAUGAUAUAGAGUGAAUCAUUUCCAGCCAAAUUUUGAACUGAUUUUGACUUGAAAAGAAGGACGUGGACCUUUCAUUUUUUAUCUGCUUUUUUAGUUCUGUUGCUUAUAUACUAUCAAUUUAUAACAGUUUUUUAAUAAGCUUGAUAUUUUGAAACAGAUAUGCGUUUAUCCUGUACAUUUUUAAUUUCAAAGUUUAUCCUCUUUUAGUCAUUCUGCAAUGAGGUGCAAUUAUCCUAUUUUUAGUGUUAUUUUGUUUUCAAAUCAUUAUUCUGUGUAUAAGAUCAUGCAUUUUUUUGUGAUUUCGAAUCAUUAUUAUUAUGUAUUAAAUCAUCAGUUUUAUUUAGAUGUUGCACUUUUGUGGCAAGGUAUUUUUUUUUAUUGUAAUUGUAUGCAGAUUUUUUUAUCAUUUUAUUUGGUUGGUUUUGCACAAUUUCUUGGUUAUGAUUAUUUGUUGAAUUUUUGUUAUUAAAUCAUUAUAUAUAUUUUAUCAUUUGAGCAAAUACGAAAUCCUUAUUACUUUCAAUUUGUUUUCUUUUUAAGUUGAAAAAAAAGCAAAGUGAAGCUUUUGUCUUAAAAAUGUUUGUUUUUUAAUGUAUUUUGUCUUUGUCUGCUUUUGAAGUAAAUAAAAAUGAAUGUUUUUGUGCAUAGUUGCUAUUACACACAAUACACUGGUUUCUUUAAAUAUUGUUCUUAAUGUUGACAAAAGAAUGUGUACUAUGCUGUUCAAAGGAACAGGUCUUUAUAAUAAAAAGAGUUAUGUAGAUUUGUACUGGGAAGAUUUUAAGGCCAAAUAAAAUGUGAGAGUUUCCUACUAAGCAAAAAAGAUAGAUAAUUUUCUUUUUAAUUUGGCUCAAUUAUUUAACCUUGAGUAUAUGAGGAGCCUUCAAUGUUGUCAAGAUUCAGCACCAAAAGUGCAAAUAAAACCUUAAGAGAGACAAAAAAAGAUGAGGAAGGGAAACUCUUGACAAGAGUAGAUAAUCAGUAAUGUCAAUUGAAGUUAAGUAAUUAUUACUUAAUGUAGAACAUACAAUAGAUGUAGUACAAUGAAAGACAAUAGAUGUAGUACAAUGAAAGAAAAGAUCAGUUAGUCAAUUCAUAAAGAAAUCUUUGCAAAUUGAACGGCAAUUUCUAUAGUUUUAUAUAAUGGGACCAAACACUAAAUCAAUAACAUUCAUAUAAGAUAGUAUGGAUAAGUGAGGUCUUCAUUUUAAAAAAAAGACAUUUUAGACCAUUUUUCUCAAUUUUUUUAUUUUUUUGCCCAAUUUUUUCUAUACUGUAAACCCCAUCCAGAACCUCUUGUGAAAAAUUGAAAUAACAGAUUGAGACUAAAUGAUAUUUGAGACAUGCAAUUCAUUGAAAAGAUACAGUUAAAGUAAAGUUAAGAGAAAGGGCAUGCUAAAUUGGAAGACAUCCCGAUUUCCCUUAUCCCAGGUCUACUCCUUUAAAUAUGGUUUAAGUUCUGGAAACUAUUUAUAGUCAAAUGACAUGGCAGAUUCAGUUAGGGGAGUUGAACAUUAAUCUAAAAGAGAAGUUCCGGUAAGGGCUAGUUUUGGCCUAAUAUUCGAAGUAUAUCUAAUGCAAGCUGUUUGACAUUUUUUAAACACUUAAGGGUCUACUUCAGUCGAUUCAAUUAGUUGAUGUAAAAUAUUUGAACUGAUUUGGUCAUUAGAGAAGCUCAAAUUCACGCUUAAAUAUGCAAAAUCUAUCAAAUAUGCCAAGAUUUCAGUAAUUUUGCAUGAAUUUAUGAUGCUAUUACCUGCUGCAUGUGCAUUAUAUUUUCAAAAACAGCCCAUAUUCAUGGAAAAGAAGUAUUCUACUUUCCAAUAAAUAGCUAAAAGUUAAUAUUUUUACAUAUUGGUAAAAAUGCUAUAUUUUGGGGCCAAAAAAGGGUCUUACCGGGCCUACUCCUUUAAAUUGACAAGAAAUAUGCAAUAAUUUUUAUUUUUAUAUAAAAAGUUAAGUAUUGCAUAUACUUUGUCAGAUUUGAUGCCACAUCUCUUAAGUCACACUUUUAUUGAUCUGUGUUUGAAGCUAGGAUGACUAUAAAAUGUUUAGUUUCCAAACAAUAAUUUCUUUGUAUACAUGAAUUUAGUGUCUGGUGUGUUCUUUAUUUAUUUAAAGCUAGUUGAUAUAAGGGCUCUUUUGAAAAGCGUCAUAUUUUUCAAGCUUUUUUGGUGAUUAUAAGACACCAGGUUAUCAAUGCAAAUAUUUAUGUAAUAAAAUCUUGUGUUAUA